AUGAGUCUCCUUGGUUUUCAACUCAUUCGCUUGUCCAUUAGAUCAAGGACUGGAGCUACUACAGCCAGAAGUCCCUCGUGGAGCACUGGUCGUUUUAGCAAAGAAAGCAGAGAGGAUUUCUACACAGCAGCUAUAUGGCUCCACCGAUACCACCCUGAAACAUUAGCAUACAACGUGGGGGCAUUUUCCAAAUUCGGGUGUUUAAAAGACUUGCUGGAAAUUCUCUACCUGAUUCUCAAUGGGCCACAAGUUCGGCACAACCAAAUUAUGGAGAGGGAUAGGGUUAUGAGAGACGGACAGAGAAGAUUUACGGCAAAGAGAAUAAUGCAAAGAGACCUACUCCAUAUAUUGAUGCUGAAGAAAAUGAAUUCUAAAGAAAUACAGAUAAGGAUGAGAGAGCAAGAAAAGAGAAUAAAGUCUAAAGUAAUGCAGAAAAGAAGGGUCACACAUUUGAGAAAUGAGAAAAGAAUUAUGACGUCAAAGAAUGAGAAAAGAAUUAUGAUGGCAAAGAAGGUCACUGAGAGUUACAACUACGAUCCAAAAUACCGUUUCUUACACGACCAGAUUUCCAGUCUUUUUGCAAAGCUACUUAAGGCCGACCUUGAGUACUUGAUUUCUGGGCAGCUAACAAAAAUCAGUUUGGCUUCAAAAUGGUGCCCUUCUCUUGACUCAUCUUAUGACCGUUCAACUUUACUUUGUGAGAGUGUUGCAAGGAAACUUCUUCCACGUGAAUCUUGUCCUGAAUACAGAGGGCUGGAUGAGUCCCAUUAUAUUUACAGAGUUCGAAAUCGAUUACGGAAAGAAGUUUUGGUCCCGCUUCGUAGAGCCCUAGAGUUGCCAGAAAUUUACAUGAGUGCGGAGCAGUGGAACUUGGUUCGAUAUGAUCGGAUUGCAUCUAAUGCCAUGAGAACUUACAAGGGAUUGUUUUAUAAACACGAUCGCGAUGGGUUUUUGCAACUCCUUCAGAAUGUGCAGUACCCUAAAAUGCCAAAAACCACUACCAAAGAAUUGCUCCCUGAUGAGAUAUUAAGUCUCUUAUUAGGUUGUGAUAGUGGUCGAUCAUGA